AUGGAAAAUCCGGUGGCACCCACCGGACAGUCGCAUCAGCAUCGGCCGGUGACCGCGUCCGCUUUCCGGGAGGCGCAGAAAUGGAUUGAGGCGGUGACAGGAAGAUCCUUCGGUGACAGGAAUUUUAGAGGAGGACUGGAAAAUGGAAUACUACUAUGCGAGUUACUGAGCGCGAUUAAACCCGGCUUGGUUAAGAAAAUCAACAGACUUCCGACUCCCAUUGCUGGCCUGGACAACCUGAGUGUGUUUCUGCGUGGAUGUGAGGAACUAGGACUGAAGGGCUCCCAACUGUUUGACCCCGGAGACCUUCAGGACACGUCGACACGCCCUGCUACCAAGCGAAGCGAUUGCACCCGAAAGCUCAAAAAUGUUCUAAUUACCAUCUACUGGCUGGGUCGGGCUGCCAAUAGCUGUAUUUCCUACAACGGGCCCACAUUGGACCUGAGGGAGUUUGAGGGCCUCCUGUCACAGAUGCGAAAGGAGCCAGAAGAGGCAGAGAGCCCCCAACGCAGCAUCCGGGACAGCGGCUACGUCGAUUGCUGGGACUCAGAGCGCAGCGAUUCGCUUUCCCCGCCCCGGCAUUGCCGCGAGGAUUCUUUCGACAGCCUGGACUCGUUUGGUUCGCGUUCUCAACAGACACCGUCGCCGGAUGUCCUGGUGCUCCGCAGCAGCAGUGAUGGUCGCGGCAGUGACUCUGAGUCAGAUGGCUCGUUGCACCGCAAGGCCCCGGACAUCCAUAAAGACGACAUGUUGGCCCGCCGCACCUCAAUGAGCGAGCCGCGCAACACCAUGCCCUUCAACCAGUACCUGCCCAACAAGUGCAACAUGAGCAGCUAUGUGCCGGCGCCGCUACGCAAGAAGAAGGAAAGUGACACGGAAAAUGGCGAACGCAAGAGCUGGAGUACACUCACCUCGCCGGUAGGGGGAGAAAAACCUUUCAGCGUGUCACAUGACCCACAGAGUGUGAGCCUGAUAGACAUGCGCAGCCAGGAGGACGCAGCUGCCAUCUUGCAACCACAUAGUCACGUGCGUCACGAGAUGAUGCAUAAUCAGUACAACCGGUUGAAGGAAGAGGACAACCAUUGGCAAGAUGACUUGGCCAGGUGGAAAAGUCGCCGGCGAAGCAUCUCGCAAGACCUCAUCAAGAAGGAGGAAGAGAGGAAGCUGAUGGAGCAGCUGAUGACUGGAGGCCCAUGCAUCUCACAGAGGAGGAGAAGCAUCAAGACGUACAGGGAGAUCGUGGAGGACAAGGAACGUCGCGAGGAGGAGCUGCGGACAGCUUACCGGAGAGCCAAAACUCCCGAGGAGGCGUCAACUAUCCUCCAAAGUUACGCCCAGCGUUUCUCCAUAAGCGAGACAGUUAUGGAGCGCCUACAGCUGCCCAAGGUUCUGGACCGCAGCAUCUCCGCCGACCCAUUUUUGACGGGAUUCCCCGCUCCCCUCACCCCUUCUCCCACCACAUCCCAACCGUGGGACGCCGAUGGGCCCAUGAAGUAUCUGAGGCAACAAUCGGCCCCGGCCCCCAGGUUUACGUCCACGCUGGAAGCGCAAAUCGCCGACUGGCCCGGUGACUCGUCGCCGCACCGGCCGCAGAUCCGCUCGCGCUCGUCCGAGCCACCGUCCAACCGGGCGUUGUCGCCCAAACCGCUGCCUUUGUUGACGCCCAAGCCUUAUUUUCAGUCCUGGCCCACAACACCGGAACCUUGGCCGAGCAAAGCCGAAGAUUCACCACGUGUCAACGGCAAUGCAGGAGGCAAUGACGACUCUCCCACCACGUCUGAGAGUCAAGAAAGGGAACACUCGCCUGUUUUCUUACCAUCCUCCUCGCCCAAAACCACAGACCACAACACCUCCACAGAAGGAGGAAGUCCGCUGUCCGCCAACACCGAGGAAGUGUCGAGUGAUGUCCACGACAAGGAAGUCGUUCUGUGUUCAACGCCACCUAGCAGGCCCACUUCACUACCAGAGGAACUACACACGCCUGAGGAAAUCUUCAGGAGGAAGAGUGGAAGGCAGUCACCAGUGGCUCCAGUGGAGAAAAAGUGCGAAUCAGCAGCCUCAGAUCAGACAGCUGCAGGUCUGAGUCACGCGCAACUCUGCUGCCUCCACCUGGAUGAUUGUGGAUCUAUGAGCAUACAGAGUCGUCUAGAGGAGAACCAGAAAAAAGAGGAUGUUCCUUGUUUGGGAAAUCAACCGCCAACAACAACAGAAGCUUUGAAAAACAGCAACCGCUCUCCGCAGACAAGCAGCAACCCAAAUUUACGCUCAGAGUUCUUUGCAGAUAAGGGGGAGAAGAAUCACCAUAGCAAUGGUGGGCGGGCGUCCAAUUAGGUUUCCGUGCCGGUAUCGCCUCAGGCCAGACGGGCCGACCGCUGGUCCUGGGACCCGGACGAGGAGCGAAAGCGUCAGGAAAGGUGGCAGCAAGAGCAGGAGCGCCUGCUGCAGGAGAAGUACCAGCGGGAGCAGGAGAAGCUGAAGGAGGAGUGGGAGAAGGCCCAGAAGGAGGUGGCCCAAGAGGAGAGACGCUACCAUGAGGAGGAACGUCUAAUCCUACAAGAAACAGUCGCACCACUUACUCCGCUAUCAUCUGCCUCGCCUGCUUCCCCAGGCCAGGACACCAUUGUGCGUUCACUCGCUGACUGGGAGCGCAAGCAGCAGCGGCUAGAGAAACCUUCGAAAGAAGGUACAGAGAGUGUGGCGUGUCAACUGCGAGAAAACAACAGGACAAGUGACAUCAGAACCGUCGAUGACAGUGUCAGAACAGCUAAAAGCGCAGGAAUUCAGAGCAGCUGUCUGCAAAAUGGCCAGAAGCUUCACCAAAAGACCUCCACGUCUGUCAGGAAGCGUCAAGAGGGCGAUGCCGGGAAGUCCAUCCGACCUGCUGGAGACCGCAGGUGUGUUUUCAAUCGCACCCCCAGCCAAAAUAUGAAAAAAAACGCGACUUAUAGUCCGUUUCUCAUCGUCAUCAUCAUAAACGUGCCGCAGAGCCACGGCCCAGCCAAGAACCCUCUACGUUCUGGCGACACACCACCCAACAGGUCAGUGAGCGGCAAGAAGCUGUGCUCCAGCUGCGGGCAGCCAUUGGGCAAAGGGGCCGCCAUGAUCAUAGAGACACUUAGCCUCUAUUUCCACAUCGACUGUUUUAAGUGCGGUGUGUGCAAAGGCCAUUUAGGAGACACGUCCACCGGCACCGACGUGCGGAUCCGGAGCGGCCUCCUCAAUUGCAACCAGUGCUACAUUCGCUCCCGCUCGGCAGGACAACCCACGACCUUGUGA